AUGGCUCCCUCCUCUUCCUCAGCUUUAGUGGCCUCAUCAUCUCAUAGUGCCAUGCAUACUGGAGAAUGGGAUUACGAUGUUUUCUUGUGUUUCAGAGGCGACGACACCCGGCAUGGUUUUACAAGCCAUCUUCUAGCUGCUCUCUCCGACAGGAAAAUUAAAGUCUUCAUCGACACCAUGCUCCGGAAGACGGAGUCCAUCGACGAGCUCCUCUCAGUCCUCCAAAGAUCUGCGCUUUCCAUUGUCAUUUUCUCUGAAAAUUUUGCGGAUUCAACCUGGUGCUUGGACGAGGUGGCAGCGAUUGCCCAAAGCAUGGCAAAACUCGGGCAUCGAGCGCUGCCAGUAUUUUACAAGGUUGGUUGGUCUGACGUGGCAGAGGACUCUGGCAAUUACUCUGUUACCAUCCAUGAAAAGCUUAAAUCUAGCCCAGAGGACGACAAGAGAUGGAGGGGUGCUUUGAAAACGGUGGCUAAUUGUGCUGGACAUACCUCCCAAGCAAUCCAAAUUGAAUCCAAAUUGAUCAAGCUGAUGGUAGAAGAUGUUAUGAAGCUACUAACAGACAUGUCACCAAGUAUCAAGUCUAACAACUUGGUUGGUUUGGGCUCACGUGUUUGGGAGGUCGAACAACUGUUAGCUAUGGACUCAUUAGAUGAUACUCGCAUCAUUGGGCUUUGGGGAAUGGGUGGUGUUGGGAAAACAACGCUGGCCAAAGCUUGCUAUGAAAGGAUGGUUUCAUCAACAGAAGAGAUCAAGCAUCAUUUUAUUUGGAACAUCAACGAAAAUUGCGAAAGGCAGUGUGGGGUUGAGGGAAUAGUGCAUGAGCUCUAUUCAAAAUUGCUGUCCGAGAAUAAUCUAGGUCGUGAAGAUUUAGAUAUGAAUUAUCGAAGAGCUCGUCUUUCUCGCUUGAAGGUGUUCAUUGUUCUUGAUGCUGUGGAGACUCAUUGCCAAUUAGAGCAAUUUCUUUUAGGAGAUGUCUUCAACCUCACCAAACUCUUUGCCACAGGGAGCAGAAUCAUCGUGACAACAAGAAACAAAAAAGUGCUUCAAAAUGCAAUGGCAAAGGUUUAUGGUAUUGAGUGUUUGAAUGAUGAUGAAUCUAUUCAACUCUUUAGCUUGCGUGCAUUUAGACAAUAUUGUCCCCCCGAUAACUGGAUGCAUCUAUCACGUAUUGCAACAUCGAAAUGUAAGGGAAACCCAUUGGCACUUCGAGUUUUGGGUGGUACAUUGUUCGGCGAGGACAAAGAUUAUUGGGAGAGUUUCUUAGGUGGGUUGAGUUUGAUUCAAAACCCGCAAAUUCGUGAUAUUCUCAGGAGAAGCUAUGAUAAAAUGGGAACUGAUGAGAAAAGACUGUUCUUGGAUGUUGCUUGUUUCCUCCAUGGAAUAUCAAGAUCCACAGUGAUAGGAUACUUGGCAGUCUUGUACCCGUCUGCUCAUGUCAAAGUGAAGGACCUAAUUGAUAAGUCCCUCUUAAUCUGCCAUUGUAGUGAGUAUGGAGAGAAGAUUGAGAUACAUGAUCUGCUCAAGACAAUGGCUUUGGACAUUGUGAACGAGGAACCAAAGCUCGGCAAACGCAGCAGGUUGGUGGACCCUGAUGAUAUUUACAAAUUGUUGACAACUACAAAGGUGGAAAGUUGGGGAACAUUCUUUAGAGAGCUUUUCUUCAGGGGCAUAGAGAUGAUGGUUCCACCGAGAAGGAAAAGGAGAAAAGUUAUAGACAUGGAUUGUAAAGGCAAAUGUGCACUGGAGGGACUUAUAACAACUGAAGGUAUUAAUUUGAAUCUUUCUAAAGCCAAAGAGAUGCAUCUAGAAGCCAAUGCCUUUCAAGGGAUGGAUUCUCUUACAUUUCUUAAAUUCUGGAGAUUGUUGAAGUAUAUCUACCACUAUCAACCGACGAAGAAGAUUAUCCAUUUGCCAUCAGGUGGCAUUGACUCUCUUCCUGACAGGUUGAGAUGGCUGCAAUGGGAUGAAUACCCGUCCAAAUCACUACCUUCAGGGAUUUAUCCCCAAUAUCUCGUCCAUCUUAUUAUACGCUGGAGUCCAAUUGAAAAUUGUUGGGAAAAUUUUGACCAACCAAAGCUGGUGAAUCUGGUGGUGCUCGACCUCUCCAGUUGUUUCAAUCUUACUGCUAUCCCUGAUCUCUCGGAGUCUUCAAAACUUGAGGAACUCCUACUUCCUGAAUGCAGAAGCCUAGUUGAACUACCCUCUCAUGUUCAAUGUCUAGAGAAGCUGAUAAUACUUGACCUUGGAUAUUGUUUGAACCUUGAGCGUCUUCCGUCAAAACUCAACUCGAAGUUCCUCAAGUUCGUUCGGAUGCAUGAUUGUCCCAAGGUCAAGUUCUGUCCGGAGAUUAAUUCAGGAGAUUUGAUGGAAUUAGAUUUAAAUGGGACACCUGUCAGUGAGCUGCCAAACGCAAUAUACCAUGUCAAGGAGGGUGGCAGUCUACAUCUCUAUGGUGAAAUCUUCACCAACUUCCCAGCAAUUUCAGCUAGCUUGGACAUGUUUUGGCUGUGCCAUACUGCAAUGAAAGAGAUAAAUUCUUAUGAUCAUCAGGCUUCUUUUGAGUUACCGCCGAAAAUUUCUAACUUGAGGUUGUGUGGUAACUCGCAACUCAAGAGCCUGCCAAAGAGCAUAUGGAGCAUGGCCGCUUCUUCUCUCACUGUUAUGGGCAGCCCACUUCUUGAGAGUUUGCCAGAGAUAUCAGAGCCUGUGAAUGGUUUAAAAUUACUUUAUAUAACUGAGUGUGAAAGUCUCAAAUGUCUCCCAUUAAGCAUCAACAAUUUAGUAUCUCUAUCUGAUCUCCGUUUGGGAAACACUGGCAUUAAGUCUUUGCCUUCCAGCAUCGAAGAAUUGGAACGACUCUGUCACUUAGAUUUGAGCAAUUGCAAAAGCCUCGAGUCUAUCCCCAGCAAUUUCCAUAAACUACCCAAGCUACUCGAGUUGCAGUUGAGGGGAUGUUCAAGUAUUCGAUAUUUGCCUGAACUUCCACCAAAUCUCUCUAUUUUGGAUGUCAGUGGUUGCAGGUUGUUACAAGCUCUACCAAGCAACAUCACUAAGCUGAGUUGGAAGUGUCUCAGGUUUUAUGAUUGCCCACAAAUAGACAGGAUACUUCCUGAUGAAAUAAUGGCAAACUACCUGGUCCAUGCAAUAUUGUCUCGGCAUUCCAAGAAUGAGCUUGCGUAUUCGGGGAGUGAUAUUCCAGAGUGGUUUGAGUACAAAAAUGUGACCGAUAAGGAUAAUUCAUGUUUGACUGUGCAAUUGCCCCCUGCAAACUGCACUGGCAGUAAGCAACCAAUCAAAGGAAUUGCAUUUGGCGUGGUGUGGUCUUCGGAUGCCUUUGAUUUUUGGCCGAUUAUGAAAUGUGAAUGCGACUUUGGCACCAUCACCAUGUCUUCUUGGAGCUCUUAUUCUUUCUCUGCCAAUACAAGGGAUGUCACAAAAUCAUCAGAUCAAGUAUUGUUAUGGUUCGACAAGAUCAAGCAAAGCAAAGAAGGGGAAACAGAAGCAUGGUUUGUAAAAUAUGCUGGCCAGACUGUUUUGCUCCGCUUCAGCCCUGAUUUAAGAUAUACGGAAGGUGAAAAGCAGCGGAAGAACUUGACAAUAAAAAGAUAUGGGGUCUCCCCACUGUACUGAGUUCAAACAGUUUGACGAUUAACUUCCGUUCAAAGAAGAAACAGAUGGCAAGCCUAGCGGAUAGGCGAACAAGGGCUUGCUCUAUUGGUACUACUGCUGGUUUCAACAUGGAGGUCUCAGACUCGAAUCCUUUAACUAGAACUUAAUAAUAAAUAGCAAACCUUUGUCACCCUCGCCAAAAAUAAUGUAGUGGAUAGAGUUGACUACCUUGCUAUGGUGUGUGGUGGUAGGCUCCGUUUUGGUAAGACUUAUUAAAGAUGCCAUCAUGGGUGGAAUCAGACAAUUUGGUUUUGGUUUGAAGGUUGAGCAACUGUUAGCAGUAGACAAAUGAUUUGAUACAAGCGACAUUGGGCUUUGGCGGAUGGGUGGUGUAGGAAAAAGACUACUCUAGCCUGAACUUGCUAUGAAGGCUGUACUAUACUGCCACAGAUGCCAUCAAGGGUGGAAUCGGACAAUUUGGUUUUGGUUUGAAGGUUGAGCAACUAUUAGCCGUAGACAAAUGAUUUGAUACAAGCGACAUUGGGCUUUGGCGGAUGGGAGGUGUAGGAAAAAGACUACUCUAGCCUGAACUUGCUAUGAAGGCUGUGCUAUACUGCCACAGAAGCCUAUUAUCCAUAAAAGUGUCAGGAGGUGGCAUGGGGUUCGUAAGGACAAAAAAUAUGUUGAGAGGUAUUGAUGGGAGUUGAGGAAGGUUCAAUCUUUGCCAGAACUCGCUCCAAACUUUUGAGUUUAUGGAUGUAAGUUUAUGCAAGUGGUUGCGAGCAAUACCAAGCAAGGAAGGGUAGUGGAGUUGAAAGUAGC